AGCAACUUUCAAAAUUUCCAUUGCCACCUCAGACAUUAAAUAUCAGUUUUUGUGAUGGCGGAUCGCGUGAGGGAUAAUGCAGAUGAGGCUGCUGAUUUCGAGACGGCGAUCGCGGAAUGCGGAUUCGGGCUGUUCAACGUGUUCAUCCUGUGUAGUGCUGUUCCCUGCCUCACGGCGAUGGUCUUCUCGGCCUCGGCCUUGUCCUACGUGAUGCCCUCCGCCGAGUGUGACCUUGACCUCAGCAUCGUGGACAAGGGCAUGCUGCAUGCGGUGACCUAUGCGGGAAUGAUCAUCUCGGCGGUGCCCUGGGGAUUCAUAGCGGACACCAUCGGUCGCAGACCCGUCCUCAUUUCCGGCGGCUGGCUCGACGGCUUCUUCGUCCUGUGCGCCUCCUUCAGCCAAGAUACCGCUCAGCUAAUGGCCUUUAAGUUCUUUGACGGCUUUAUUAUAUGCGGUCCAUUUGCGGUGGUGGUCAGCUACCUGGCCGAGUUCCAUGGCAAGAAACACCGGCCCUAUAUCAUGUUGUUCGUGGGUCUAUGCGUCUCCAUCGGAUCGAUGAUUCUACCCCUGCUGGCCUACGCGUUGAUGCCCGUGCCCAUCUUUUUCAAGGUGGCCACUUUGGAGUUUCGCACCUGGCAGGUCUUCUUGGCGGUCUCCGCGGUGCCCAGUCUGCUCAGCGGCUUCCUGCACAUUUUUCUGCCCGAGAGUCCCAAGUUCCUCAUGUCCCAGGGUAAUUAUAAGAAGGCCCUCGAUUCCUUUCAGCGCAUCUACAAGCUAAACAAGCGCAAGAGUAAGGAGAGCUAUCCGGUAAAACGCCUAAUCGAUUCAACGCCUGAUCGCUCUGCAGAUCUUGAUGGAACUGGCAGGUCAUCAACCAUCAAGGAAAGAUUUAGUCGGGUUAAAAAAAAAUUCAUGGAAGGGGUCCUUCAGCUGAAGCCAAUGUUUUCCAAACCCUAUUUGGCCAUUUCACUACAGGUAUACUGCCUGCACUUCUGCCAGAUAAUGUGUGUGAACUCGGUGCGUUUAUGGUUGCCUCAGAUCUUCGCCACGAUGAAUGCAAUGGAGUCCCUGGGGGCAAAUGACACCAGCAUGUGCGCCGUCUUGGAGCACAAUGCGAUGGCGGUGUCCAUGAACGAGGACGACAAGAGGGUGGAGUGCGCUCUACACCACGACCCGAGGAGCUACUUGGAUAAUAUCACAGUAGCGGGCAUUGGCCUGGUCGGCUUUCUGAUCAUAUUUCCGCUGAUGCGCAUCCGAUUGGUCUCGAAUCACAUACUGAAGGUGUUCCUAUUCAUCUGCAUUUUCCUGGUGGGCAGCCUUUACUUCGUAAAGACCUCGCUGAUGACGAUGAUCCUUUCUGCGAUCUACCUGACCCUGAUGGGCAUUUGUGCCACCACGAUUAUCGGGAUGUCAGUGGUGAUAUUCCCCACCCUGAUGAGGACAAUGGUGCUGCUGCUGAUCAUGACUUUUGGAAGACUCGGCUCUGUGAGUGGCAACCUGCUUCUACCUAUUUUCAUGCAACUUAGCUGCCUGGCUCCAUUUCUCUGGCUGUGUUCCCUGAUGUGCAUUGCCUUCCUGUUUUCUGUGUUCCUGAAGGUGGACGAUCAGCAAUCGCUGAGCUAACACUUAAGAUAUUAUUUCCUGAUAGGUUGUCUCAGUUGUUUUAAUCGUCUCGCUAUUGAUGGCUUCUGGGCUCAAUUAAUAAU